UUAAAUGGCCCGUCUGGUGUCCACACAGGCUAGAGAAUUUGUAAACCCCCCUAGGCCCCUUGUGGAAAAAUUUUGGUACUCGCGUGAGAGCCUUACAAACGGUUAUUCAGCGUUAAUAUUCAAAUACUUGCUAUUACGUGAAAGCCAAUGAAAAUAUAAAACUUACAAUAGUUUGUUCCUCAUUGAAUUAUUUUUUGUGCUUGGCGUAGAGAGGAGCAUCGAGGAACAUCAAGGAGCAUCAGGGGACGUUUAAAGCCAGUGCCAAUUGACAUAACACUUCUACGUCCUUAAAGAAAAUACAUCUACAGAAAGCGAGCAUGGUUGUGUGAAAGAUGUAAAUGGCGCAAAACGACGUGAUUGUCAUCAGCGACGAUGAAGGAGACUUUGUCAACAAAAAGAUAUCGGAGAAAACACAAAUUAUUGUUAUCGAUGAGGACGAUGACAUUGUCGAAUUGACGGAAACGACGAGCAAUGUCAUUGAAACAAUCGCAAGUAGUCAAGUUAAAUCUGAGUCUUGUCGUCCGUUGAAAAAUUUGAAAUUCAGCGAAAAUGGCGUUAAGAGGCUCCAAGCCCAGGUAAAGCUCAUCGACAUUGGAAAAUCGAAGAAGCCACUGAAACUUAAAGCUGUGAAACCAGAGAAUGACGAGGUAGUUGCAACCAGUUCAACCGAAUUAAAAGAAACCAAUUCAUCGGUGCAGCAGGUUAAGACUGAAGAAGUGGAUGCACACAAUGGGGAGUUAAGAAUGAACCUCUUUGAGAAAUUCUGGUCUGGUAAACAAGAAAUCAUCAGCAACAAACCUGCAAAAGUCAUUGAAAGUUUUGAUGACUCAUACAAACACAAAAAGGCUAAAAGCUCUUGUCAGUCUCCAUCUUCAUUAAAGCAGAGGAGACUCAACGCUGAGAGUUUCUCUCCUAAGAAGAGGCCUCCUUUACAUGGGAUUGUGAGAGAUGGAGAACUUUUACAUUACACAACACCUUUACACUGCACAGUUCCACUGAAAAAAUUAGAACUUGCAAGCAAACAAGAAGAAAGCUUGAGCAAAACCUUCACUGAAAACCAGCUGAAUUCACUGCAAGCUCUUAAAGAAGAGAAUUUUCACAAAACCUACCUGGAAACUGUCACCAGCUUUAUGAGUCCACGUCGUAAGCCACCUCCAUCCCUUCUGUUUUACCUGUUCAAUAAUAUCUUGCUCUCCAAGCAAAGUGGCUGUGGUACAGAAUGUUUUAGAAUUCUCUUACGGAUUCAAGAAUUGCAUCCUGCUGAGGUGGCACAGAUGUUACAACAGAAAAUUACAUGGGAGUUUGUUUCCAUGAUAGUGAAGCUAGCAGGAUGCACACAGUCUCACACAGUGGAAAGCUUUAAAAUGAAUGCCUCCAUGGCUUUGUCUUUUCUUGUAAGUGUCAUGGAAAAGGAAGUUGAGAAAAAGAAAGUCUGCCUUGUCAAGACAAGUGCGCACCGAUUUUUCUCAGUAGAUAGACUUUCGGGUAAUUUUCAUGAUGUUGUAGAGUGGGUUAAAAAGGCCACAGAAGAACAUCUCGAGGAACAAUUGGACCAACAUUGUGGGCAUAACUUCUGUCCACUAUAUUUAUUACAAAGAAUGCUUCAGUUGUCAGUGUUAGUCGGUCAAAGACCAGAGGACACUGCUGUAAGACUAGCCAAUGAUUUAGUUUUGGCUUAUGUAGAGUUACCAUCUAUCAAGUAUAAAACAUUGUUGCUUCAGUCAAUACAGUCACAUUUAUUGAAGACAAAGCUGAUUGAAAUUGUGGUGAAAAACUGUUGUUCUAUUGAUGAAGAGUUAGAGGAGGAAAGAAUGACUAGCUCUGGAUUGAAAAAUGUGGUCUUAAACUUCAAAAGAUCUCCACCUCUCUCUGAUGGCAUUGUUAGCACUACAAACUGUGAAGAAUUUGUCAUGCUUCUUGCAUAUUGGCUGCAAAGCUUUAUUUUCUGUCACAAGAGGUCUUUAAUGGCAAAAGGAAAAGAAUCACAGCGAGUUUUGUCCCUAAAUGAUGUGGAGGUACUGAGGAGAAUUGAACAGGAAGUGUCUAUUUUGACAGCUCGUUUAGAGUUAUUAUGUGGCUCUACACUCUCCCCAAGAAGCUACCAAUUACUGCAAUUAAUCUUGUCACUAAAGAGUUUUGCACAAAUUCCAUAGGUGAUGUUGCUGCAAAUUGUAUGAUGUCCUGUAACAAGGGUGAUUGAGAUUGUUUUGUUGUACUUAAGUAGCUUGAUGCAUGAUUACAAUCAAGAGAAAAUCUCACCAAAACCAUGAUUUCCUGUGCUUCUGUUGGAAACUAAAAGAAUCAAGGUGAAGAAUGAGUCAGGUUGGUUUGGAAAAGUUUAGGACAAAGAACAUGUGAUGUGAAUUAAAUAGUUUAU